GUUUCGUCACUCCAUUCCCCGUGAGCCCUCGCCAUCGGUUGUCCGGGGCCUGGAAUGUUUUACUUUCCUACCGACUCCCUUCCAUGAUUCUUUGAGUUUUUUUAUUAUUAUUAUUAUUGCUGUCCGAGCCCCCCCGCCCAUGUCGUUGUCCGAGCCCUGGUUGUAUUAAUACCCCGACCAACCGCAAACCGCAAACCGCACCCUGCCAUAUCGUGGAGGGUGGCCAGGUACGAGCUCGAGCCGAUCCAAUGUCAUCCCCACUCGGCUUCACUCCGUGGAGGAGGAGGGCGUUGAGCUCGAUUUCGCAGUGCGAUCCCCCGCUGCCUGGUGGCGAUGUCUCCAGCUCCAGCCCUUCCCACGGAUCCCACCAGACCUCGAUCCCUCCGGCGCGCCCGACGUCCAUCAGCUCCGUACCGGGCCAUAGAGAGCCGAUCCGGUCCUUCAUCCACGGCUCGGUGCGAGACGACCUGCUAGCAGUCCCAGUCGACAGUGUGCAGAAUGCGCGAAACAUCCGAGAAGACACUGCAGAGCUUGCGACCUACCUGCUCUCCGACGGCCAGGUGCAGCUAAGCCCUGCGUUCCUGCAGCGAGCGCGAUCCUCUUUCCACGAAGCUGCCGACUCCGAAUGCGGAGACGACGCGUUCACGGCCGACCAUGCACGCAACUCGGAGACAAUCCUGGAGGUUUCGGAGCCGCCAUCGCCAGAGACCGAGCGCAAUUGCGAUGCGCCCGCUGGGCCGUCCGUGCUCGCAAACCUUCUCAAGGGAUCCCCUGCUCAGUUGAUGGCGCAACAAGAGCCCACCAGCCCCGGAUAUGACGAAGACGCCCAAGACGACCAAGACGACCAAGGCGAGACCGAGCCGUGUCGCGCCAGCCACCAUGCCGAUGCAGCCUCGGAGCGAACCCCGCUCCUGUCGAGGGUGACUUCGGAUGGGAGGCAGUCCUAUACUGAGGACCUGGAGGGCCAGAAAUCUCACUCGAAACACCCGUGGAUAAGUGGCUUGGUGGGAGUCAGCCACAAGAUGGAGGAGCGGAUGACCCACGGCGUUGCAGUUGCUGUUAACCCUCGCCGCUGGGAUCGCAAGGCAAUCUGGCAGAAUACUGUGCUAUUGCCGGCUUCUUGCCUCCCUGCCGUGGCUGUUGGACUUCUGCUCAAUAUUCUCGAUGCCCUCUCCUACGGCAUGAUUCUUUUCCCCCUCGGGAGGCCCAUCUUUUCCCAUCUUGGCUCCGCAGGCAUCUCUAUUUUCUAUGUCAGCACUAUUGUAUCACAAAUCACCUUCUCAUCCGGGAGCAUUUUCAAGGGCUCUGUGGGGUCUGAGUUGAUCGAAGUGGUUCCUUUCUUCCACAACAUGGCAGCCAGGAUCACCGAUGUGGUUGGGGAAGACAACCCCGAUGCCGUCAUCGCUACCACUAUUGUGUCAUAUGCUAUCAGCUCCAUGAUUACCGGUCUUGUCUUCUACCUCAUGGGCCGGUUCAAGUUUGGGUACAUGGUGGGAUUUAUUCCCCGGCACAUCUUGAUUGGCUGCAUAGGCGGUGUCGGAUGGUUCCUGGUUGCCACUGGUUUUGAGGUCUCAGCCCGUCUCGACGGUAGUCUUGAAUAUGACCUUGAAACGCUGAGGAAACUCACAGAGGCCGCGACAGUACCGCUCUGGGUUACCCCCUUGGUACUGGCCAUUAUCCUCUUCUACGGGCAGUCAAAGGUUACCUCCAAGUUCUUCUUGCCCCUCUAUAUAUUGGCGAUUCCUGUAGUUUUUUACUUUUUCGUAACGACGCUCGAUGCCUUGGAUGUGGAUGUCCUACGGGACCAUGGAUGGAUCUUCCAGGGCCCUCCCUCUGGAGAACCGUGGUGGUAUUUCUACACCCUCUACAAGUUCAAACUUGUACGUUGGGAUGCUGUCAUUGAGUGCAUUCCUGCCAUGUUCGCUUUGACAUUCUUUGGCAUCCUGCAUGUCCCGAUCAAUGUCCCCGCCUUGGCUCUGAACUGCGGUGAGGACCAUGCCGAUCUCGACAAGGAGCUAAGGCUGCAUGGCUAUUCCAAUUUCCUGUCUGGUUGCUUUGGUAGUAUCCAGAACUACCUGGUCUAUGCGAAUACCGUCUUCUUUAUGCGAUCCGGCGGUAACUACCGGCUUGCGGGAUAUAUGCUGGCAGCUGCUACUUUUGGCAUCAUGCUUAUUGGCCCAUCUCUUAUUGGCUUCAUUCCAGUCAUGAUGGUUGGAACUUUGAUCUUCGAUCUCGGCUUUGAGUUGAUGUUGGAGGCCCUGUGGCUCCCCCGCAAGAAGCUCAAGCUAGCCGAGUACCUUACCGUUGUUGUUAUUGUGCUCGUAAUGGGCAUUCAUGACUUCGUGGUAGGUAUUGGGGUUGGCAUUCUGCUGGCCUUUGUAUCGCUCAUUCUACAAACCUCACGGGUAUCGGCUAUCCGUGCAAACUAUUCUGGCGAUAUCGUCACAUCCACUGUGAGGCGAAAUCCCUCACAGCACCAUUAUUUGCACGAGGUUGGUCGGCAGAUUUACAUUGUGAAGCUCACCGGAUAUCUCUUCUUUGGUACCGUUGUGAGCGUCGAGGAGAAAAUUCGAGGCCUUUUGGAGGAGAGUACAUUUGCCAAGCAACCGAUCAAGUUUUUGAUUUUGGACUUGUGGCACGUUACUGGGCUCGACUACUCGGCCGGGGAGGCCUUCAACACCAUAAGCCGACUGCUCGACCACAAGGCAGUAGACCUCGUGCUGAGUGGUGUGGAUACUGAGAGCCAACUUGGGCGAAAUCUGAGAGCUGUGGGACUGGGAAGCGAUGGUAUUGAGGUCAUGAUGCUGCCGGAUCUCAAUUCUGCAUUGGAGAGUUGCGAGAAUGAGCUCCUCAAGACUCUCUAUGCAAGGCAGGAAGAGCUUUCGCUGAAGCGGAUUUCUGCCCAAAACCUGGACGUACCUGCAAGGGCCUCCGCAUUCUCGUCUUUCGAUGCGCCAUUCAACUCACCUCGCCGAAAUCACCUUGUUGAGGCCGCACGAGAUGCCCUCAGCAGUGUCGACGUCCAACGCCCGUCUAAGUGGAUGAGCUUUAAGGAGCCGCUCCGGCUCAUGCUGCAAAUUUUCCAGGGCCUCAGCGAAAAGAAUGAGGACUUCUGGUUCCCGGCCGCCCACUACUUCACUCGCCGGGAAUACCCCGCUGGUACCAUCCUCUUCCGGCGCGGUGAGGAGGCGAAAGGAUUUUAUCUUCUGGAGCGAGGUAUCAUCCGUGCCGAGUACGACUUGCCCCAGGGAUGGCUCUGUGAGAGCAUCGUGGCCGGGACAACAUGCGGCGAGCUGCCUUUCUUCUCUGAAACGGAUCGGACCGCAACCGCGGUUGUGGAGCGAGAUUGUGUAGCCUGGCUGAUGGACCGUGAGCAGUGGGCCAAUAUUCAAAAAGAAGAGCCCGAGGUUGGAAGAGAACUGUUGCGGGUAUCCCUGAAGCUCACUAGCGAGCGGAUGAGCGCCAUUACAUCGUACAUCUUGACGACGGCGGGUUAGAAACUCGGCCAAAUCGCAGAAUGUCAAAGUAGGGAAGGGAGAGCAAAUCCUAACAAU